AUGAAGACUAUAGCCGUUGUGAUGAGGUCUCUGGAUGACAAAAUCCCAUCCACCAAGGAUCUGGCAACAGGUGCAUUGAUAGGGUCGGCAAAGCAUGUCGUAAUGAUAUUCAUAGAAAGGAACAAGAUAUUUCUCUUCAACGAGCCACAUGUGAUGCUUGAGUCAGAGAAGAUCCUGAGCAUGGAGCAGAAGCUUCACAGAAAGGCCAUUGUUGCACAUCUUGAAAAGGCUGCCCAGGCUGUGAAGAAGGUCAACUCCAGGGCAGAGAUAUCGAAGCUGGUGAUCAGCGGAGACGAGAAAUACAAGAUAAGCAAGUGUCUAUCGUGUCUGGAGGUGCAGGCAGUUCUGUUUGUUGGGAGGCAUAGAAGAGGAAAGCUUUACGAGUAUUUUGUGCAGUCGCUGGAGGACUAUGUCUUCGAGUCGAUGAAGAUCCCAGUCGUUAGGGUACUCCCAGAACACUAA